AUGAUCUAUAAGGGUUUGUGGCAGAGAGAGAUUACAAAAGAGAAAGAAGAAGCGAGGAGUGAACAUGAAAGGGAAGUGAAGGGGGAUGGGCAUGAAUUUAUAGAAGGAAGCAAGUGGGUGGCACAACUUGUUAAAAGUUGUUGGGAAGAACUAAAAGGUGCAAUUCAGGACUUUUCUCUGCAUCGGCCCAUUCAUUGCCUGUUUAAGCAGAUGCUAGCUAGAGACUGCAAGGACGCGCAUCAGAAACAUCAGGAGAUUUCUGUCCUGGCAAAUGCCAAAUCAAAAUUUCCGGAAGUUUUAAAGCGGGCAAUCAACUACAAGGCAUACCAAGAAUCGCACGCAAAGUCUGCAGAGAUGUCAAGAAACCAAUGGUUGGUACAUUUGUUAAUCGCAAAAAAUCAAUAUAAGAAGCCGACGACAAACUUUAUGGAUGGUCGGUACGUAGAUAUUGUUGUUGACACACACUGUCGUCAUACCUGA